AGUACACAAUCAACCUUUUUAUCUUACUAUAUAAAAACAUUGUGUUUUCGUUGGAAUGGCAUUGGCAUCACCAUUCUCAUCGACUCUGCUUGGACUCAGCCAUGAAAAUAAGCCCAUGUUACUGUUCCUUAAUCUUAUUGUUUGUCUGAGGGGAAAAAAAAGAACAAUAAUGCCCAUUUUGAUCUCCUACGAACAAGUGGGUGAUAAAAGCCCAGAUUUUUUAUCUGAUAUUUGUGCAAAAAAGAUCUCUUUUUUUUUCGAUCUGUAAGUGAUGGUAAUGGUCGACAUUGUAGAUUCAGAAGAGUGCUUCAAUAAAGAUAUUGCGCCUUACCGUAUAAGACAAGGAGAAUUUGAUGUUCAAAAGCCAUACUUCUACGCCAAAAAUCAACCAACAGACCAGCAAAGGCCAUCCAAAAAACGGAAAAAGAGUGUUAAGGAAGUGUCUCCUAGUGAGGCCGAUAUGAAAACGAAGGAAAGACACCAUGUUUUAAGAGCUCAGAUUAUAGCCUGUCUUGAACAAUUGCCUCAAGUAUUGCCAAAGAAAUUGUUGAAACACGAGAAUACUUCUUCUAUUACGCGCGAAAAUGAUGAGGAUAGCACAUCAGAGACCAUCGAUUUUCCAAGCAUCCAGAAAAUGGUGGAAGUAUCACAGAACAAAUUCACAACUGUAGUACAGGAAGAUGAUGACAGCAAUGAGGGAAAACAGUUUAUGCCUGCAUUAUUUGAAUUUACAUCUUCUGUUACAACAGAACUUGAUAUUUUUUCCAUCUUUAAUACUGUUUGUAUUAAUCGAGCUGUCGAAGGAGUCAGAUUACUACAGCUGACACCAACAGCUAUGUAUUUAAUACCACCCAAGACCGCUUUUUUAAUGGGGUCGUUAGCUAACAGCAUGAAGCAACUUGAUGCAUACAUUACGUCAGUGGGUAGGGCAGAUUUAAUCGUGAUGGACCCUCCAUGGCCGAACAAAAGCGUACAAAGGUCUUCUCACUACGAAACUCAGGAUAUCUAUGAUCUCUUCAAAAUAGCUAUACCCUCCAUGAUAGGAGAAAAAGAUUCUAUUGUAGCUGUUUGGGUUACCAAUAAGCCCAAAUUUAGAAAUUUCAUCAUCCAUAAAUUGUUUCCUUCCUGGAAACUAGAGUGUGUUGGUGAAUGGAUAUGGCUCAAGGUGACUAAUCAAGCGGAAUGUGUCUUCCCUUUGGAUUCUGAACAUAAGAAACCGUACGAGCAAUUGAUUAUCGGUAGACCCUAUCAGCACAAGGAGAGCAAAGAGCGAGUCUCAAUUCCUCAGACAAAUGUGAUCGUAAGUGUUCCUAGCGUUAGGCAUUCUAGGAAGCCCCCUCUUGGAGAUGUCUUAUCACCCUACCUUUCAAAGGACACCACAAAAAACCCUGUCUAUGUUGAGUUAUUCGCUCGUUGCCUCAUGCCUGGCUGGAUCAGCUGGGGGAACGAGUGCCUAAAGUUUCAACAUGUGUCCUAUUAUGAAAAAGAGAGCCAAGGAGUAAGGGAAUAAAAUGAUGAAUUGACAGAUAGGUUCAUCAAAUGCGUUCAUCCGGCUGUUCGCAAGCUAUCCCAUUUUCACUCUUUGCUCUGGCAGCUGAAUUAUGCCGACAUCCUUUAAGCUGCAUGGGUAAGUUGCUGAUGAGCCAGGCUAUUUGCGUUAGCGUAUUAGGCAGUCGCUCAAUUGCUCCUGCUUGUAAGCUUCAUAGUACUAUACCCCUAAAUUGUCACAAGCAUAAUU